AGAGUUUGGCUUCCAGGUCUCGUGGUUUUGCGUUGCUUUCCGCCGUGUUUCGCCACGAUGCUGUUUGUUUUGUUGGCCUUGGAAGUGAGCUUUGCUGCCGCAGGUCCCUGCACUGGCGCCUGCCCUAAGCUUUCGGAUGGGCUUUACUGUCCUGUGAACGAUGUGACGGAGCAUGCCGACGUCAACCGAGACGUGAAGUUGAUCAAGGAGCUGCUGAGCGCGGGCGACUACGCUGCGGCCAAGGAUGUGUACACCAGCGGCAACUUCUCCUCGAAAGGUUUGGGGGAGAUGCGCACCCUGCAGGACCUCGCCCAGAAGGAUAUGACCUCCGGCGGCAAGUACACCAACGUUUUCUACAGCGGCGCUCUUGCCUUGUACGGCUCCAUCAACGCCGUGUGGCAUGACCCCAUCAUUGCCUGCCUGGAUAACGCCAGCUUCUGUGCAGGGAAGAGCGACGACUUUCGGCAAUACAUCAUCAACAAAGGACUCAUUGGCGUUGUCACUGCUUACGUGACCUACGAGAUGGGCGCCGCUGUGUGGAAGGCGGAGCAGGGCCAGCUGGAGGACACCAACGCAGCGUAUGCCUGGGAUGAGGCUGCUGCCUUCUAUGUGGGAAACAUUGCGGCUGUCAUCGGCGACGGUUACACCGGCAGCGCGCCGGGGAACCUCUACUCGCCUUAUGAGUUCAACUGGAAGCGCGACAGCGACUUCCCUGAUGGCAUUUCCACUCACACGGAAGCGAUCCCCUUGCUGAAUUUCGGCCUGAUGAAUGUGCGCGGCAGCUACAAUGCCCCCAACGUGCAAGCGGCGCAACUGGCCAUGUACAAGAUCUUGUCUAUCGCGGCGAUCCGGAGCGCGAUCAAGUAUGGCUGGAAGGCCUACGGUGAUGGUAGCUUUCAGGAGAAGUAUCUUGCUGAGGGCUGGGCGUACUGGCGCUCUGCCUCAGGGUACAUCUCUACGGUGAACCGAACUGCCGUGGAACAGGUGGAUGCCAUCUUCGACUUGUCGCAGACGUCUUUCACGGCGGAUGCCGCUUGCAAGGUGAAGAAUCUGGUGGAGUCCAUGUAUGCAGACCUAGGAAUCACCUGCGCCAUGGUGGGCAAGUGGAAGGAUGCGCCCACUGGCGGCUGCCUGGACUCUGUGUGCCAGGAUGCUGUGAACAUGUCCCUGCCCGACGGCUCCACCACUUACGCGGACACGUGCGAGGCAAAGGAGAUCAGCAACGCGCCCAGUGCAAGCAGCUUUGCCUUGCUGCUUGUGGCGGCAGCCGGAAUGGUUGCCCUAGGAUAGGCAGCCAGUUCGAGUCACGGCGCCUGUUUCUAAACCUGCCGUUGAAUAGCCUUGGCUGUAAGUACAGCAUUCGGUUGGCAUUUUGUGUGGAUUCCCUACGUACUGCAAGUAAAUCGUCCACAAGCUAAGGUUGCUUACAGUAGCACCAGCGUUGCCUACUCUGCAAUUUGUGUGUUGGAUUUUUAUUGUAGCUCUUGCAGCCAAAUCACAACUGCACGACUUGGGGAUCGCUUUCAAUGCAGGCAUCCUCCACGGAACGGUGGCAAUCGACUUGAUCCA